GGCUGGCAACUUAAUUCUGACUACCAGAUUUUAAGCAGUACGAAUCACAUCGGUACAGGGUGGGUGAGGGGUGGAACUAUCCCCGAAUCGAGUUUUUUAGCAAUCCGCCUAAAAACCUGCGGGAAAUGAUUUUUUGAAUGUCAAUUUUAGCUUUCCGUCGAUGAUCGGGACAUAGCGGCUGGUCAAAUGGGAUCCUCGCAAUGUAAUUUGCAUAGACAGCGUAGCCCCACACCACCCUAGACCUCUCUUUGUCCCUUCUCUAUUUCAUUCUGUUUAUUUUCCCCCCACCACUACAGCCACUAGCCAUCUUCAUACCACACCGCAAUUUUCCUAAUCAUCUUUUUUUCACCUACCCACCACACACUACCACAGCCUGUUUUGCAGCCCCACAUUUCAACCACUCGUUUAGCCCAUCCACCUUUUCAGUGUAAUUACAUUACACCAUCUCCAAUAUGCAUUAUCUUAGUAGCCAUUCUUCACCAUCACCUCCUACAUCACCAUGCUAUAUAAUUACACCCACUUCACUACCACACCAUUUUAGGCCCCUGCGUCUUGGUACGAAUACCCGAUCCAAACCAAAAAAUUAAGGUACCACCCUUGUCUCAUUAACAUACUUAAUAGUAUCGACCCAAAAUUCGGGACAAACUUAUAUCGCUCUGAAGGGACUACCUCUGACCUAUCCGAUGGCUCAAGAAGACCGCUGACAGGUCUCCCCGGUCGGCCAUCUUGGAUCACGGUCAUUCGUUAUGCUCCGAGAUACAGAGACACACUGACUCUUAUUCAAUCGUAUCAUCGUUUGUGAUUAAAGACCAUAAACAAUCUACAAUCGAGGAGUUUUCUUCAUGAUACGAUUGAUUCGCCGCCAUGGUUGUCAUCGAAUGCACUGUACCCGACUGUGAGUUCAAGACCACCGGCGCGUCCGAGGCUGUGGCAAUUGCCCUAUUGGCCAACCACAACCUGGUCCACAGAAAUGAAGCUCAAACCGGGCGCCUACCAGCCAACACAGCUCCCAAAGGGCCAAAACUAGACCGGCCGAAGAUUGACGUCGGCGUAACAAUGGAAGAGUGGAACAUCUUUACACGAAGAUGGAAAGUGUUCCGGGCAGGCUCUGGGAUUGACGAAAAUUCAGCCCCAUCACAGUUUUUCCAGUGCGCUGGCACUGAGCUGGGAGACAGCAUCCUCAAGGCUAACCCCAAUGCUGCAAACGAGUCACUAACCCAACUGAUGGAAGCCAUGCGAUCCCUCGCCAUUAUCCCCAUUGCUACCUGUGUGCUCCGCACUGAACUCCUCCAGAUGCGACAAGAGCGAGACGAGUCAUUCAGGUCCUUCACGGCCAAAGUAAGAGGCAAAGCCGAAACCUGCGCCUACAACGCGAAGUGCUCAUGUAGUCGUCCCGUCGACUACACAGACCACGUAAUCCGUGACGUCAUCAUUAACGGACUAUACGAUAACGAGAUUCGGAGGGAAGUCCUGGGCAUUGACGGUAUCCUGGAGAAGCCGAUAAAUCAAGUCAUCGCCGUAGUAGAGAGUAAGGAAAUGGCACGCAACGCCCUGCCCCCUUCCCCCUCAUUAUCCGCCGUCUCAUCCUUCCAGAGACAGAAAACAAACUCACCGCACCCUGCCUCAAGCCCCCCUCAAGCGGAUCAGGCGAAAGAAGCAACAUGCCCCGGAUGUCAAAAGACAUUCAAGCUGUUUACCGAAGGAACUCGCGGAUGGAACAAAAAACCGCACCAGCUGUGCAUCGACUGUCAUAGGGUGAACCGGCGAUCAAGACGCCCACAGCGACAGCCUCAACAACGCUCGCCCCAGGCCCCGACGGUCCAUGCCAACCAAGCAGAGCCGAUUGCUCAGAUAUCAUCCCUCCACGGUGAGACGAAACAAGAUACCCGCCCCACCACACACGCCACCACGGCCAAGCGGCCCGUACGUCUAGACCACCACAUCUUCUCCAAGGGAGAAUGGAAGCGAGCCCGCUUCAGGGAUCACCCCAGGGUACCAAUCACAAUCUCGCUCGCACGAAAGGGCAGACAUCGGAAGGAAACCGCCGACACCACCCCCGACAUACACGCCGCCGUGUCUGCCAUAGCAGAAACAGGAGGACAAUCCGACCUAUGGUCCCUGGCGGACUUCUUAGCAUGUGGCUUCUCGAGAGAAGAGCUCCAACCCAUCAGACCUAGCCUAACGGCGGCUAAUAACUCGCCCAUAUCCAUAGAAGGGGCGUUCUUCGCCAAACUCAGCGCAACAUCCUACAGUGGACAAUCCACGACGUCAUUCUCCAUGGUGUACGUGAGCAGCUCGGUACGAGAUAUGUACCUUUCUUACGACUCGCUUCUGAACCUAGACCUCCUGCCGCACUGUUUCCCACGCCCUGAUGACGUCACAAAGGCCUCUAACGAGCGACGACCCGCCUCACAAAAUAAAACCCGCCCCAACUACACCUCGCCAACCACCAAUGCCGCUCGCAUCGUCAACGAAGGAUGUACCAAACCUGCCUCUGAACAUGACGUCACAUGUUCGUGCCCCCAGCGUGAGACAACCCCACCACGCCCCCUUCAGAGCUGCCGUUCCCCUGCACACCAGCGAACAACACUAAGAUGAAAGCCUGGCUCCUGAACAGAUACGCCUCGUCCACGCUUAAUACCUGCCCUCAUCGAGCACUCCCUUGCAUGGAGGGCCCGCCCGUAGAGAUCCACGUGGACCCCACCGCCAAACCCACUGCCUGCCACACACCGGCCAAUAUACCCCUCCACUGGCAAAAACGCGUGUACGAAGACCUCCUCCGUGAUGAAGCCCUUUGGCGUGGUAGAGCGAGUCCCCUAUGGCGAACCAGUCACGUGGUGCCACAGAAUGGUAGUCACACGGAAGCACGAUGGAUCACCUCGCCGCACAGUGGACCUCUCACCACUCAACAAGUACUGCCAACGCGAGACGUAUGCGACGGAAUCACCGUUUCAACUCGCGCGGCGCAUUCCCAACGACACAUGGAAGACCGUGACCGACGCAUGGAACGGUUACCACAGCGUACCCUUACGCUCAUCAGACCGCCACCUGACCACCUUUAUCACUCCAUUUGGCCGCUGGCGCUACACACGGGCACCCCAAGGCUUCCUCUCCUCGGGGGAUGGAUACAAUCGGAGGUUCGACGCCAUCCUAGCUGAAUUUGAGCGCAAAGAACGAUGCGUUGACGACACGGUGCACUACGACCAUGACCUGGAACAACACUGGUGGAGGACCAUCGAAUUCCUCACUCGCGUCGGACAGGCUGGGAUAGUCCUCAAUCCCGACAAAUUUCAGUUCGCCGGGAGGAGCGUGGACUUCGCGGGAUUCCACGUCUCAGACCACACCAUUGAGCCACUCCCGAAAUACCUCGACGCCAUCAGAGAAUUUCCCACCCCAACUAGCACGACAGACAUCAGAAGCUGGUUUGGCCUGGUGAACCAAGUGUCCAAUUACGCGCAACUCCGCGAUCUGAUGGCACCCUUUAAGCCAUUCCUGAGUCCCCGCCACAAGUUCUUAUGGUCAUCCGAGCUCGAAGAAGCAUUUCAAGCCUCCAAA